UGCCGUUUUGCAGAAAUUACGGUGCUAUUAAGCAUCGUAUAAAUACCGAUCGAACAAAGUAAACAACAGCUAUAUCGAGCACUCAGCUCGCAUUAUCUCUCACAGUGUAGAUACAUAUAUUUAUUUAAAACAAUUUUCUCUUGAUCUAAAUUUUACUAUUUUCUAGUUAAACGAACAUAAACGAAAGAUUAUUUUAUUCCAUGCUCGUGUGUUGAAAAAUGUUCUCUCUUAUUUACGUUCUGGAUCGCUGUUGCUGGAUCGUGCAAAGAAAACGGGGCCGGGAUCGGACGAAAACAAAAUUUCACGCGCGCGCUUCUCUUUUUUUGGCUUUUUUUCCAUUUGCUUUCGGCGAAAGUAAAACGGCGCCUGUGCGCUUUGCAGAGAAAGUAAUGGAUCGCGCUCUUAAUGUCGGUUCACACGGAAUUCAGGAUGUGGACACCCGUGUGGCGCCAAUCGGCUGGCACCGGACAGCACCGACGAUAUAAACGACAGACAGAAAGACAGAGAGAGAGAGAGAGAUAGGAGAGAGAAAAGCCAGAAGAGAAAGAGAAGAACAGACGCGGGACACACGCGAGAUCAACGCACGUGGGCUUUCACGAACAGCUGGGAAACGAAGCUACAAUUAUGCGUGUGGUGUGUAUCUCGUUUACAGCGACGUAUACAAGAGACGAGAGAAGAAACUCUCUGUACUUUCGACCAUCAGCCUGCACGAUAGAGUCAGACUAGUAGUAGGAAGGUGAAAGUUCGUGCGAUGCAGCUUCUAGAUCGCCUCUUCCAUCGUUUACUUUGUGAUUUUUUUGUCCCUGUCACUUUUCCUUCGAUCGAGUUCGAGGAACCGACGAUUUUCCCGUGAUCGUUUCUUCUCAUAGAUCUUGGUAUCUAUCCGUCUUUGACGUUUAUACUUCUGGCUACAAUUUGUUAGAUCGAAACAGCAGCGAAAUACGUAUUUUAAUCGUAACAUUUCGUAACAGAGGGGAAAUUGAUUAUGAUAUAUGCGUUUCGUUGGUAGCGAGUAUCAAGAUGAAUAAUGGCGAGGGUAUUAAAAUGUCGACAGCUUUCAUUUUCUCUGGAAGAACCAGUGACAUGGUUGUAUUUUCUCCUCCUUAACAGAAAUCAAAGAGCCGAGAAAAAAGAAAACGAGAAAGACAAUAAUUAAAAUAUUAUCGAGUCGCAGGAGCAUUAAGGCGAUUAACAGGUUCGAAUCUAGUCGGAAACUGGAAUAUGUUUUCUACCGGGUUUCACUUUUCUUGCUACCUUUUUUUUCUCGCCAGGUCAGGCUUCUUUCGAUAACGUUCGUUAAGAACUUGACAAUUCCUUGUAAGUCAUAUUUCAGAUAAUGUUUAUUAGUACAUAAAGCAUACUGGCUCGUAUACUAACGUUUCGUUUUGUUGAUUAGAUCGGCUAUAGCGACAUUCUAAUCGGCAUGGUAAAGCUCGGCAUGGUAAAAAGGGACUCGAAGAAUAAGAAGAACAUGGUCGAUGGCUCGUAACUUCCGGCGGAGCGGGUGGCAGCGUGAACAUGAACUUCACACUGUCGUGCAUGCAAGAAGUGCACUUUCACUUCUACACGACAGAGCCAAUGACCUACUAACACAUCGAACCAUUCACUCGCUACCGCGAUGCUAUUCUGGCAAGGACGUUCUACAUCGAUUGUUCGAUGCCAUCGAUUAUUCUUCUUGACUGAAAAAUGGACGAUAUCCAUUGAAAAAUUCUAUAAAAGUAUUGCAACCAUCCUCAGAACUCGCAAUAAAAUCCAUCCUCAAAUAUUUCAGCUUCAAUUCCUAAACGAACUGCUAAUUAAUUCUUCAAGAAGUAAUACGACGAAUAAAUUAAUAAUCAAGUUCAAUAAUUAAUAUCUAUAAAGGUACUUAGUAAUAUUUAUCCGAUGGAAUUUUACAUUUAUCUCUUCAAUGAAUCCAACACUCUUUGCAUCGACUCCUGGCCGCUUCCACCCCUUUUUCUAACUCUAACCAAGAUCAUUCCUUUACCUUGAAAUUCCUCGUCGUUCAUCGACUGUCCUUCGAUCAGCAGACAAUGGACCCUUCUUUUCGGGCGAGGAUUUUUUAAUCCAUUACGAAAUGGGGUGACAAGGACCGUUACGUGGUUAAAUUGACCUGAACGUGGUUAAACUAGUGAUUAAUGCAGCUGGUACGAUGUUGGCUAUUGCCCAAUCUCGUCUCAGGCCAAUAAAACUCGUGGCGUGGCGUUUUCACUCCUUCUUAAUAUCCCCGAUAACUGACCAACCGGAGGAUGCUGCCCCGUACCAUAAUGAAUCUCCGUGUGUACAAUCCAUGUGUUUGUUUCCUGGUGAGCCUCUUUUUACUUUCACCCGUUACGGAGCCAACGUGACGCAAACAACAUAUUUUCGUCCAAUUGAAAAAGAAUCCACUCGAUCGGCUCCAGGAACUUGUUUUCUACUCUCCUGACGCCGGACGCGGUCGGUUUCCGGCUUUCUGAAGACGAGUAGGUCAAACGGAGAACCAAUUUCGAUUCUAUCACGCGAUUUUAAUCUCCAUCUUUCUCUCGUUUUAUACAAUAUCUCAUGAAGCUGUUCUACUGCUUGCGGAAAUCUCUUAUUAAUGUAUUAUGUAUAAUUCGUAGUGAUGAAGGUCAACUAUUACGAUUAUAUCGAUAAAGUUUCAAACGAACGCGAAGAUGUACAUAGAAAGUACAAGAUAUUAAAUGCGAGUGUAUAAUUCGUAGAGAAUCAAAUUAAUUAUUUGCUUGGUAGAUUUCCCACUAGAUUUAUGACCGAUUUAACACCGAUUAUAUAUUUACAGUGACUAUUUAUCCAAUUAAAAUCUUUUUUUCGGCAAGUAUUCGAAUACCUUGAGUCGCGAUAUACUCUGCUUUAAACAAAAUCGAAAAUAUUCGACCACGUUACCUUUCGAAAUCAAACGCAACAAUGCAACCUAGUCACGAAUCAUUGCGUGCACUAUAUAGAUGCAGUUAAAACGGACUUUGGUAUAAAAGGGAUUCGUGUCGGAUAGAAUCUGUUCAGCUGCGUGUUCCGUGGCUCGUUUACCUCACUCACGCGACGUUUCUUCUUUGAUGUUUGGAAAAUCAAUUCUAACGAAAGAUCAAACGAUAAAUCGGAGCAGAUUGGUUAAAAAAUUACUGGAUCGUCGUGGAAGAAGAGAAAAGAGAAUUUAAUUAUCUCGCGUGUCGCUAUAUAAUUACAGCUGUUACGAUCGCAUCAGGAUUCUCGUGCAAUCGAAUCGAUUCUGAUAGCAACCAGUCGAGACAUUUUCCCCUUCGUUUUGGAAUUGAGGACUGUUUACCUUUUCGUAACGGCACGUUUUAUCUUGGAUCACUUUUGUUCCUUGUAUUCUUUGUCCUGCUUCGAAAGAUACCGUAUCAAAUGUUUGACAAUUUACACAAGUUAAUUGAAAGAGCCUAUCGGCUAAAUAAGUGGCGAGAUAACAGGCUUACCAGUACAAGCCGUCCUAUAGGAAGGAAAACAGAAUUUUGACACUUUGCGCCGUAAACGAAUUCAAAGUUUUUAUGGCAAAUGAUACUCGGAAAGGAUGCUGGCUACGGCGCAAGCAAAGACUGGAAGAAAAGGCAAACAGUGGGCAAAAGAUCGUUCCAAAAGAGUGACGCUAUUAAACACAGGGGAAAGUGGAAUAUUUAAGUUGCAGGAAUCGCGAACGAUUUUUCUCCAUAACGAAAACCCUAAAUCUUUUUGUCCCAUUAGUAACGCAAUUUCUAAUUCGAUUUCUUCAGUUUUAAUAUAUAAAACAUUUGUACUAUGCGUUAGUUUAACAGAAACAUGGAUUUCCGGACAGAAAAUUCUAGUGGCAAGCCAAGAUUCUGACAGUUUAAACUUAGUCACACAAGUAUUUUAACUUUUAGAAGUAUCGUCCCUUUUAUACUUAAUUAAGUUUCGACGUUAUCUUCCGCUGUGAUACGCUUUUAUAAUUCGAAAAGGUGUAAUGAAUUUUUUAUAAUAAUAAACCUAAACUUUUGCAGAUAGCUUAUUAUUAAAUUAGUUACGAUGAAAUAUAAAAUAUUGUUCGCAGUAGCGCAAGUUAAUCUUCGACUUAGCGAAAGAUUUAUGAUUUUGUUCCAGUCAAAUGAUGGGUGCAGCGAGAUCGUGCCAAUGGUUGCUCAUAGGAAUAGUCCUCAUCGUAUCCUCGAAUCGUGCCACCAGUCAUACAGAGAUCUCAGGAUCGAGUCUUAGCAAGCCAAAGACGAUCUUCAGUUCCAGUUACAUUGAGCCGCGAAGCAACAAUGGGAAUCGUACAGACUUAAUUCUGAAUUCGCCUCGCAGACGUCGAUAUGUUAGAUUUCCAAGUGGUCCAGCCGGGUACCUUUUCGAGGGUGGUGGACCUCCUAUAGGGAGGAACAUCGGUGUGCCUCCUGGAGUUCGUUUUCCAUCCUGGAGGCAGCACAAGUCGCUGUGGAGAAAUCCUAUUUCCGAGUACAACAGACCCGUGAUGGGUCAUCGAACUCCACGAUUGAUCUUUCGUGACAACGACAUCCCACCCCCGGUGGGUGGCAGCGCAUCCUCGUUUUUCCAACAGUCUAACCACUUGCCAGAUUUUGAGGACGAGAUCAGAGAUCAUCGAAAGCAAACCCUCGACGAUUACCCUAGGUUAGAAUCAGAGCCGCGUCAACAAAAAAGACCGCUGUGGAAGGGUGACGAUACGUUGUGCGCUGUCGGACGAAGCUGCGAAUUUUUUCUAAUGUGCUGGAUGUCCGCUGGCCUUUUGGACGGCAGUUGCGGUGGCAUCAUGUACGCUUGUUGUCAGCGGAAAGAACCGAAAGGUAGCUCUGAUUAUAACCUGAUUGAGGCACCUAGAGAUCAAUCUCAGCCGCUUCCGUUGGAUACUUACACGGAGACCGCCAACGAUGAUCGCUGCGGGAUUCCCGUCUCGAAGCAAACCGCGCAAAGAAGAAUCGUCGGAGGCGACGACGCAGGAUUCGGCAGUUUUCCAUGGCAGGCGUAUAUACGAAUCGGGUCCAGUCGAUGCGGCGGCACUCUCGUUAAUCGAUUCCACGUCGUCACUGCUGGUCACUGUGUAGCUAAGGCAUCGGCUCGUCAAGUUCAAGUCACUCUAGGUGAUUACGUAGUAAAUUCCGCUAGCGAGACAUUACCAGCUUACACCUUCGGUGUCAGAGAGAUUCGCGUUCAUCCUUACUUCAAGUUCACUCCUCAAGCUGACAGGUUCGACGUGGCUGUUCUACGAUUAGAUCGACCGGUUCAUUACAUGCCUCACAUAGCGCCGAUCUGUUUGCCCGAGAAAAACGAGGACUUUCUAGGACAGUAUGGAUGGGCUGCUGGAUGGGGAGCGUUGCAGGCUGGAUCGAGGUUACGCCCCAAGACACUACAAGCAGUAGACGUACCUGUGAUAGACAAUCGAAUCUGUGAGAGAUGGCAUCGGUCCAAUGGCAUUAACGUUGUGAUUUAUGACGAGAUGAUGUGUGCUGGGUACCGCGGAGGUGGCAAGGACUCCUGUCAAGGUGACAGUGGUGGACCAUUGAUGUUGGAGAAAACAGGACGAUGGUACCUAAUAGGUAUCGUUUCAGCUGGUUACUCGUGUGCUCAGCCAGGCCAGCCAGGAAUCUAUCAUCGGGUAGCUAAAACGGUCGACUGGAUAACCUACGUUAUCAAUUCGUAGCGAGACGAAUCAAAAGGGAUAGAGAUUGUUCUCUGUAAAAACUUUGCAUGAAACAAAGUUUACGACAUGGUAUUGGACAGGAUCUCUGACGAUUUCGUAACUGGCUGGCAAAUGAUCGAACGAUAGAUACGGAGGAUCUAGGAACUGUGUGACUGGGAAUUUCGACGAUUCUACGCUCGAGAAAUGUGAAACGUUGUGAUGAGAUAAUGUUUAAAGUCAGGAACAAAGUUGUCCGUCUUCGAGGUGGAAGAACCGUUGCUAUCAUGCAUCGAUUUCUAACGUAUAAUUUUCUAACGAAACGAGGUGAUGCGUGGAAAUUGUUUUAACUUGUAAGUCGCGCCCGGUGAACUUUCUUUCGUCGAUUAUGUAAGCGUUUCGAGGCAAAAAGCGUCUACAUUCUUGACGUACGGUGUGAAAUGUAACGAUGUGGAUAUUUUGUAAAUUAAGUGCGUGUGAUAUUCGUUUGUAUUCGCGCUUAAUAAAUGUUCAGUUUUUUAUUUUAUUAUUGUCUAUCCAUUUCCUUUUGUGCGUUCUAACGGAUGGGACGAAAGAACAAGGCUUUUACAUUAAAAACAUACUUUGUUAUUCGACAACCGCUAUAAUUCAACGCAAGCUUAGCGUUGCAAAUAAUAGAAUAACGCGCUUAAGUAUGUAUUUUCCAUUGCGUAUAUAAGUACACAUUUAUCUCGUUAUUCGGUUUAACAGUAAGUAUCUGUGACAACGAGCAUCGAAUUUCUGCAUUUGCAGAUCGCAGGACGUCGGUUAUCGAAGUUCUAUUAAAUAAGAUUAUCAUGGGAUAAACUACGGUAUAGUUACAAGUUUCCCAUCUUCACACCAACAAAAAAGUACACUAACUUCCCGCUUUCACGACGAAAUUUCAUUGUUCUUAUACAAACGACUUUUUGUUCUACUAACGUCGAUAACGCGUCGAGCGUCGUUUUAGGUUAUUCGAUAUUUUCAAUAACAACUGCCUGGCUAUUAUAUCGAAAAAAAAAAAGAAAGAAAAAAGCUCGUUGUGAAAACGGGAAUAUGAUCAAUUCCCUAUAGUUUCCUAGUUUAGAAAAUUCAUUAGCAUUCGCAACCAUCUAUACAUCUUGUCACACAAAGCGCGUGAUCCAUGUAUUAUAUUAUCUUUAAUUUAUUUUUUAAGUAUAUCUUUGAAACCGCAGUGAAAAAAGACGGCGUCUAAACGCGAAAGAGAUGCCCCCCCCCC